AUGCCGGUGUAUCCUUCGAUCGAGCCGAGCAAUUCCGACUUCCCACAGCAACCCGCUCUCGAGUCGCUCGUGGAAGAUGAGCUGAAAGGCGGACUGGCGCCUUGGCGUACGGAUGCGAUCAACACGCCCACCAACCUGUCUCGUGGCGCGGGCGACUUGGCCGCCGACGCUUCGCCGAUCGUGUUUGGAGGCGGCGUAUUCGGACACGACAUGUACAACACGUCCGAGACUCUGGCCUCCGACUUGCCCAUCCGCACUGUUCGCCUAGCGCUGCGGUACGGCAUCAACGCGUUCGAUACGUCGCCAUACUACUUUCCGUCCGAGUUUACGCUGGGCAACAUCUUGCGCCGUCUGCGCCCCGAGUUCCCACGUGAAUCGUACUUCAUUAUUACCAAGUGCGGACGAUAUGGCCCGCACAAGGAGCACUUUAACUACAGUGCGGACAAGAUCGAUAGCAGUGUACGGGGGAGCUGUCGGAGGCUGGGCACCGAGUAUCUAGAUGUAGCGUUGACGCACGAUGCCGAGUUCGUGUGCGAACGCGUUGGGAGGAGUCACGAUGAAGGCUGGGAGAGCGGAGUCGUUUCUGAUCUGGUGCAACCGGAACAGGUGGGGUUGAGUCAGACCAGAGAACAAGUACUCGAGUCGUUGGGUCUCGCGCCGACUCUCGAGGCUGCAUCCAAGGUGCACGGAAAAGGCGACGAGCAGUUCCUCGAAGCCAUCAGGACGCUAUUCAAGCUCAAGGACGAAGGCGUGAUCAAGCGCGUGGGUAUCUCUGGUUAUCCUCUGCCCGUCUUGCUGCGACUCUCGCGUCUGGUGGCGACCACGGCACCUUACCGCCCACUCGACGCGGUGCUGAGCUACUCGAACCACUGCCUGCACUCGGACGUGCUGCAGGGCUGGAAGCAGCUCUUCGCCGCCGACCCACGUGGUAACAGUGGUAACGACUCGCUCCAGGAGCUCGCCUGGACGGCCCCGCUGCUCAUGAACGGUUCGCCCUUCUCCAUGGGCCUGCUCACCGACGGCACGCCUCCCCCCUGGCAUCCUGCGAACACUGCCCUCAAAGCAGCAACGAGAGAAGCAAGCCAAAGUCUCAUCGCUCAGGGUAGCUCGCUUACGUUGACUUCGCUCACAUACGGUUUGCGCGGCUCGGAGCUGCCCCAUACCAGCGGAAAGGGACCGCAGCUGAGGACGCUGGUAGGGUUGAGCCAUCCAGACCACGUGCAUAGUGCUGUCGAGGCGUACCGCGUCUUGUCUGCUGGCGCUGCCGAAGAUGGCAAGGCUCUGUUUGCAGAUAAUGAGGAUAAGGAGGCCAAAUUGGAGGCAUACGAGAAGCAAACGAGGAACGAGAAGCUGGUGCGGGAUCUGUUUGCUCGACGUGGUGUUCGCGAGUGGAGUUGGGCGAGCGGGUUGUGA